AUGUAUAAAAUGGAAUAUUCCUACCUCCACUCCUACGAGUCUUGCAUUGCUGGGAUGGAUGCAUCGAAUCUGUCCUCGCCCUAUGUGGAUUUCAGCUCCUGUAAUCAAACCGCCGGUUUCCAGUUUAGUCCCAUCCGCAACGGCUUUGGGGGCGCCGCCAACUGCACGUCUCUGAUGCCGAGCUCCAGCAACCUGUGCUCGCUCAGGGACCAUCGGAGCUCACCGUACACUACAGCUCCUUAUAAGAUAUUCUCCGAUCGCGGAGCUUUUAACGAAAAGCGUAAACAGAGGCGCAUCCGCACGACCUUCACGAGCUCUCAACUUAAAGAACUGGAGAGCGUGUUUGCUGAGACUCACUACCCUGAUAUCUACACGCGCGAGGAGCUCGCUCUAAGGAUAGACCUCACAGAGGCUCGUGUUCAGGUGUGGUUUCAAAAUAGGCGAGCAAAAUUUCGCAAGCAGGAGCGCAUGGCUGCUGCAGCUGCCGCGGCUGUUCAAGGCAGCACAGCAACGAAGAAGCCAGAUUCGAGCAAGGAGGACAACGAAGAGCUGCAAAUAUCAGACCCGGACAGCACUGGACUCUCAAGACCGAGCUCCACUCCUACGCCACCCUCGAGCAUUACCAGCUGUAGUGGACUUGGCUCCACGAGCGAUUUGGCAACUGAAGAAGUGGAGCCAGCGAAAUCGUCUGUGUCAGGUGAUAUGUCCGAUCAGGGAUGGUCUUCCCCGACUAAAGAGGAAAUGACUUUGCCGGACCUGCUGGGUGGGCCGUUUGCGAACGUAUUGUCGUCUAUUCAGAAACAGAAUGGAUGCGCGAGCGCGUUAGUGAAGCCCGGCAUGUUCUAG